UAUGAAUCAGCAACAUUUGGAUGCAAUAGAUGGCUUGCUGUUGAUGAAGAUGAUGGACGACUUGUUCGAGAAUUAACUCUUACAACAACAGCACAACAUUUAGAUAAAACGACCUAUAAUAUCAGAAUAAAAACUGGAGAUAUUUUUCAAGCUGGAACUGAUGCUGAUGUAUAUUUGAAAAUUUUUGGUGAAAGCGGUGAUACAGAUAAAAUUCAACUUAGAACAGCUAAUAACACAUCAAAUAAAUUUGAACGAGGACGUAUUGAUCAUUUUACAUUUGAAUUUGAUGAUCUUGGCAAAAUUGAACAUAUAAUUAUUGGACAUAAUGCAAAAAAUUUUGAAGGUAGAUGGUUUCUUGAUUGGAUAGAAAUUGAUAUACCAAUGCGAGGAGAACUUUAUAGAUUUGUCUGUAACCGUUGGUUAGAUAAAAACGAAGCCGAUGGUAAAAUUGAACUUGAUUUAAUACCAUCUGAUAUAAUCAAGAAAAGUCAUGUUAUUCCAUAUGAAGUAACAGUUUUUACUGGUGAUAAAUCGGGUGCUCGUACAGAUGCAGAUGUAUUUAUUCAAAUGUAUGGUUUAAAUGGUAAAACAGAAGAAAUUAUUUUGAAAAAUAAAUCAGAUUUAUUCGAACGAAAAUCGGUAGAUAAAUUUAAAAUAGAAGCACCUGAUAUAGGACAAAUACAAAAAAUUCGAAUUGGUCAUAAUUCAGAAAAAUUCACUUCAGCAUGGUAUCUUGAAAAAGUACUUAUUCAACGACAUUUAAGUGAACAACCUGAGAAACAAAAACGAGGUUUUAAAUCUGGUCGAUCACAACGUCUUAGUCAAAUAAGUGCAACCGAUCCAAAUGUCGAAGAAUAUUGGUUUGUUUGUCGACAAUGGUUUGAUAAAAGUUCAGGUGAUAAAGCAACUGUUCGAGAAUUAUUACCAACUGAUGAACAAGGAAAUAUAUUAAGCGAUCGACAAGAACUAACAUAUGAGGUACAUGUCUUUACUGGUGACAAGUCUGGAGCUGGUAUAGAUGCAAAUGUUUUUCUAACAAUCUAUGGUGAAUCUGAAGAUACAGGUGAACGUGAAUUACAACAAUCGAAAACAAAUAGGAAUAAAUUUGAACGAAAUCAAAAAGAUGUUUUUGAAAUCAAAGCUGCAGGAUUAGGCAAAUUGAAAAAAAUUAAAAUUCGACAUGAUGAUUCAAAUAUUGGUUCUGCAUGGUAUCUUGAUCGAGUGGAAAUUACUGAUCCAGAAACAAAUCAACUAUAUCAUUUUGUCUGUCAAAAAUGGUUGGCUACUGAUAAAGAUGAUGGAUUAAUAUCUCGUGAAAUUCCUGCACUUGAAAAUAAAGCACUACGUUUAGCAGCUGCACGUGAAAGUUCUGCUAGAUCAUCAGUUGAUUACGGUUUAGAAAUGAAAACCAUAGCGACCACUUAUAAAAUUAGUGUUAUUACGUCGGAUGAAUUUGGUAGUGGUACAAAUGCUAAUGUUUAUAUUAUCAUAUUUGGAGAGAAUAAUGAUACAGGCAAAGUUCCAUUAGUAACAUCAAAAACAUAUAGCGAUCCAUUCGACCGAGAUCAUACUGAUGUAUUCGAAAUCGAAGCUAUGGAUAUUGGUGAACCAAAAAAGAUUAAAAUUGGUCAUGAUGAUUCAGGUUUUCGACCAGAUUGGUUAUUGGAACGUGUUGAAAUCGAUGUACCUAAAUUUGGUCGCAUAUGGAUAUUUCCAUGUGGAAAAUGGUUAAGUACAUCGAAAGGUGACUGUCAAUUAGAAGUUGAACUUUAUCCACAAAGUAUGGCCACUGAAGCUUAUAAACCAUACGUUCCAUAUGAAAUAAAAGUUUUUACAUCAAAAGUUUCUGGCGCUGGAACAGAUGCUAAUGUUCAUAUUGAAAUAUAUGGUGUUGAAAAAACAACUGGUCAAGUUAUGUUAUGUGGUAAAACAGAUCGAAAAGGCAAAUUCCGAACAGAUUCAGUUGAUACAUUUGUACUUGAGCUUGAAGAUGUUGGCAAAGAUAUUGAAAAAAUUCGUAUUGGACAUGAUAAUCGUGGUUUUGGUGCAUCAUGGCAUUUAGAUCACGUUGAAAUUCGUCGAUUAGAUAAAAAUCAAAAAACUAAAACAUUUAUAUUUCCAUGUCGUCGUUGGCUUGCUAAAGGUGAAGAUGAUGGAAGUAUUGUACGUGAUCUUCUUUCAGAAAAAGGGCAAUUACAGGUUCCAGAAAGAUACGAUGAAUGUGAAGAAACAAAUUGUCAAGUAGAAGUUGGAGGUGGAACAUGUGAUUUUAAUGGCAACGUACGAUUUCAUGAUCAACCAUUUAAACACAAGACAUCAGAAAUAUUAGAACAAACUGUUGAAGAUGUGUAUAAAGAUAUUCAAGAAUCGGAGAGCAUACCACAGACAGAUAGUAUGAUAGCCUGUAUGCCCACAAAUCAUGCGGGACAUUCCAGCCGUUUUUCAUUAUCAUCCUCAUCGUCGUCAUUAUUAGAACAAUCACGAGCACCGAUGCCACUAGCACAACUAACACAAUCGGUGCCAUUAGACCCAAAGUCAGGUCGAAAGCACGUAGCAAUAGCACAUACAAAUUUUUGUUUUGGUCUAUGCCGCCGUUCGCAGCAAAAUCAAAGUCGUGCGACUCAAUCUGAUCAACAUCAUACAUCUACUUCGAAACAGCGUCUGAUGAUCAGUUAUAACUGGGAUAGUCAAACUAUAUGUAAGAAAAUCUAUGAUCGUCUCCAAUCAGAUGGAUACACAGUAUGGUUUGAUGUUCAGAAUAUGCAUGGAUGUAUCUAUACGGCAAUGGCUAAAGCAGUUGAACAAUCACAAAUAGUUCUUUUUGGAAUGACUGAAAAAUAUAGACAAUCAGACAAUUGUCGUAAAGAAUUAACAUAUGCAUGUAAGCAACGUAAACGACUUAUUCCACUAAGACUCCAAGAAAAAUACGAUCCUAAUGGAUGGCUUGGUCUAAUUUCAGCUGAAUUGCUCUAUAUUGAUUUUACAAAAAGAGAUUUUGAUAUAAACUAUCGAAAUUUACUCAAGGAAAUUGAGUCUGGUGAAAAUGUUGUUUGA